UCUGCCAUGUCCUCUACGGGCGCUCAUUGGUCUCCACCUGCCUCCACCCCUGUCUCAACAACCGGUGGAUGCGGUGAUGUCACCGUCGCGAUGGCAUCUCAGUCUCCCGAGCAGGCCGUAUUGGCCUCGGACCGGUAUGCUAGACUCAUCCUGGCACAGAUGAACAAAAUGCGCCUCCGCACUGACUUCUGUGAUGUGGGUCUGAGGGUUGGGGGCCAUGUCUUCAGGGUUCACAGGCUGGUGCUCGCUGCCAGCAGCCCAUACUUCUCCGCUUUGUUCUCUUUGGGGAUGAGGGAGGCUGAUAAGGAGGAAGUACAAAUCCUCGGAGUGGAGGCUGAGGUCUUUGAGGUGCUGCUGGAUUUCAUAUACACAGGUACAAUCAAUGUGACUGUUGAGAAUGUGCAGGAGUUGAUGGUAGCGGCAGACAUGCUGCAGCUCAGUGAGGUGGUCUCAAUAUGCGGCGAGUUCCUCAAGGGUCACAUGGACCCUUCCAAUUGUGUUGGCAUCUUCCAGUUCCUCGAGCAAAUAGCCUGCAUGGACAUGCUGGAGUUCACUGAGAACUUUAUCCUUGUUCACUUUUUGGAGGUGUGUGUUACUGAUGAGUUCUGGGGGCUGUCAAAGGAUCAGCUGGUAAGGUUUCUACGCAGCGAGGAGCUGAGAAUCGAGGACGAGUACCAAGUGUUCACCACAGCCAUGGACUGGGUCCUCCAAGAUGUGGCUAAGAGGAAGAAAUAUGUGGUGGAAGUUUUGGAUCCAGUCCGCUUCCCUCUGCUUUCCCCACAGAGGCUUUUCAAGUACAUAGAAGGCAUUUCAGACUUUAGCCUGAGAGUGGCACUGCAGACCCUGCUUAAGGAAUACACAGAGGUCACCAAAUCUCCCAAGGAAAAUAAGAUGUACAGCUUACUACAGCCAGCCAAAAUGAGACCCCGGAGGAAAGCCAGAAAAUACCUCUAUGCUAUAGGAGGCUAUACUCGACUGCAGGGCGGCCGCUGGAGUGACAGCCGGGCGUUGAGUUGUGUUGAGCGCUUUGACUCCUUCAACCAGUACUGGACCACCGUGUCCUCACUGCACCAGGCACGCAGUGGGCUGGGGGUAGCUGUCCUGGAGGGCAUGAUCUAUGUUGUCGGAGGGGAAAAGGAUUCAAUGAUCUUCGACUGCACCGAGAGAUACGACCCAGUGACCAAGCAGUGGGCUGCUGUGGCUUCUCUCAACUUUCCUCGCUGUGGGGUUGGCGUCUGUCCCUGCCACGGAGCUCUGUAUGCACUCGGGGGUUGGAUUGGAUCAGAGAUUGGGAAGACUAUGGAACGCUAUGACCCAGAGGAGAACAAGUGGGAGGUUAUUGGAAGCAUGGCUGUUCCUCGCUACUACUUUGGCUGCUGUGAGCUACAAGGGUUCAUUUAUGUGAUUGGGGGAAUCAGCGAUGAGGGAAUGGAGCUCCGCUCAGCUGAGGUGUACGACCCCAUCUCCCACCGCUGGAGCGCCCUACCCGUUAUGGUCACGAGGCGAGCCUACGUUGGUGUGGCCUGCCUCAAUAAUUGCAUCUACGCUGUGGGUGGCUGGAAUGAGGCACUGGGGUCACUGGAAACAGUGGAGAAGUACUGCCCAGAGGAGGAGAAGUGGGUAGAGGUUGCGCCCAUGUCUACGGCACGGGCAGGGGUUUCAGUGUCAGCGGUCAAUGGCCUGUUGUAUGCUGUUGGGGGCCGUGCCUCCAGUCGGGACUUUUCAGCACCAGUGACAGUGGAUUCUGUUGAGAUUUAUGACCCUCACCUGGACACCUGGACUGAGAUUGGCAACAUGAUCACAAGCCGAUGUGACGCAACAGCGGGCAGCUGCAGCACCCGGGGACCAACUCCAGUUCUUCUUUCCAUUGCCUUGGUCAGGGGCACAGAUGGGAGUAUUAACCCUAACAUGCAUGUCUUUUUGAUGCUUGGAGGAAACUGGAGCACCUGGAAGAAACCCACGCAGACACAGGGAGAACAUACAAACUCCACACAGAAAGGACCUGGGAUGGCCUGGGGUUUGAACCCAGGACCUUCUUGCUGUGAGGCAAUGGUGCUAACCAGUGGAAAUCAACGGCUGUUGUUUGGUUUGAAUAAAAACAUGAACACACAGCUCUCAACUACACAUGGUUGAUGACCACUGGUCGGGAAAGUGUCAUCACAUUUCAGCCCUCUAAUGUUCAACAACACAGCACAAUGACUAAAAGGCAACACGCAUUAUCAAAUGCAUUUUUCCUUUUUAGCGCUGCA